AGUGAGCAGGGAUCUGUUUGGGAUGUUUGAGUCUUGAGCGAACUCUCGCGAGAGUUUCCGAAAGCUUCCGAACGAUGUGUUGUCAUGGAAACUGAUGGCGUUGCGCCCGAACCUGAUGAAAGUAAGCAGAGAAAUGUCGGAGUGACUGCGGGCUGAUUUCUGAGAUCUGUCUCAGUUUAGAGGAACCAGUGGAAGACCUUUCAUCUGACUGACAUGUCUCAGGCACUGCUGGAUCCUCUGGCCCUGGAUGAGGAGAUAAAAGAGGAGAAGAAGGAAAGAGAAAGUAGCUCGUUGUGGGAACACGAGCCGCUCGCGCAGAUUCCUGUAAAGGUGUUGAGGGGACACGCCGACUCCGUCAGCAGCUGUCACUUCUGUUUUCAUGACACUCGACUUCUCACCGGAUCCCACGACCAGACAGCGAUAUUUUGGGAUGUGGAGACGGGGGCUCAGCUGAUGGUGCUCAAAGGAGGACACUCAGGAGCCAUCACUGCAUGCUGUUUGGUCCCGGAGAAGAACAGAGUAAUAACAUCCUCUUGGGACAAGACCGUAAACGCUUGGGACCUGGAGACUGCUAAAAUCCUGGUGAAUUAUCCUGAUCUGGUUUCUCGUUUCAUCUCGUUUCUUGUUUCACAGUUUAAAUGUGAAACCUGUAGUAAUGCAGUAAUGUGUGUGUGUGUGUGUGUGUGUGUUCAGUGGACAGUAACGCAGGGAGGUUUGUUGAUGUCAUGCAGUGUGUCAGGGGAUGGGAAGUACGUGGCGUCGGCCUCAGACAUGGAGAACGCUCUGUAUGUCAACUGUGCAGAUACGGGACAGAGACUGCAUUACAUUCCAGGUCAUCAUACGUCCACGGUGAUGAGCUGCAGGUUUGAUGCUCAGAGUCAGCACGUGGCCAGCGUCUCAGCGGACAGAUCCAUUAAAUUAUGGGACCUUUGCUCUCACAAAACCACUCUGAGCAUUAACAGUGCCCACACAAACAUCAUAUCCAGCUGCUGUUUUACACAAAAUGGUCGUUACUUGUGCACGGCAUCGUGGGACCGUACGCUACAGCUGUGGGAUGUGCAAACAGGUUCGUUUCGUACCAGAGGAGGAGAGCAGCUCAGCAAAGGCCACGAUGGAAGCGUCAGCUCCUGUGCCUUCUCCACUGAUGCCUCUGUUCUUGUGUCUGGAGCGUACGACAGGACCGUUGCAUUGUGGGAUGUGAAGGGACUGUACAGAACUCUAGUGCUGAAGGGUCACCUGGACUGGGUGACAGACGUGGACGUCAGUGCUGAUAAGAACUGGGUGGUCUCUUCCUCAAAGGAUCAUACAGUGCGUCUGUGGAACAUUGAGCAGCAUGAGAUCAUUCCUGCAGUCAGAGAGAGCAGGAGAGCACAUGGACAUGAACCUCAGAUCCUUCAGUGUGAGGAAUGUGGAAAGAUGUUUUCACUUUCUCGCCUGGAGAAAAGCUGUGUGUUCUGUCGACUGAAGACUCCACACAGAUCUCUACCAGCACCUCCACCUCUUUAGCAUCGAGGAAGCUAAUCAAGCUAAUGGAGCUGAUGAAGCUAAUAUAGCUAGAUAAAGAGCUUCUUGAGCUGUCAAGUCGAAUUAGUGACGACAUGAAAUCUUAUUCACGUGUUUAAUGUAUUAGUUUACUGUUAAAUAACGAGUUAAACAGUGUACCGACAUGUUUUUGAGCUGUAAUAUGGCGCCUUGAACUCAGCGGCGCCGUGGCUUAGUUGGUUAAAGCGCCUGUCUAGUAAACAGGAGAUCCUGGGUUCGAAUCCCAGCGGUGCCUUUUGUGUUUCCAUUAAAUCUCCAAAAUUUAUUCUUUAUAACAUUUCCACAAGGAAUAAACCAACAUUGAUGGGAUCUGCAUGCAUGAACGUAUUGUUUUAUCAAUGACAAAACUCCAAAAUUUUGAAUUUUAUCCUAUAAAACAAACUACAUACCAUUCUUCUAAAACAUGGUUAUAUUUAUUUACUGCAACAGCCAAAUACUUUUCUUUAUAUAUUACAUCUCAAAAUAUAUAUCAAAAGAAAUAGAACAGGUAUUGCUGCCUUACAUGAAGCACUGAUUAAUGUAAAAAAAAAAAAAAAAAGGAAAAAGUCACUGAUUUUGUCCGUUGAUUUAAAAAAAGUGUAAGAAUAAAAGUUUA